ACAUUCCGUGAAAAGUUUUGCGAUGACCAAGCGCGGGUUAAAUUGUGGUGGCUGCGAGCGGCAUAAUACCGUGAACGAUGUGGUGCUGUGCAACAAGUGCAAGAAGUGGUUCCACUACGGAUGUGUCGGCGUCACUGCAGGAAUAAUGUCCCAGGCGUGGUGGUGCGAUGUAUGUGCGAUUCAGGUGGACAAGAGCGAAGCGAAGGAGAAGCGUCAUCCUAAGACGCCUAUGGAAGCAAUCGCGAAGACGAGAAAGCCUGCUGAAAGCUGCGAUGGCGAAAACAAGGCCAACAGAGCAGCAUCAUGCGAGGGCGAGGCCUCGGCGUACAAGCUAUCCAUAGGAGUGGUGAACACAAUACUCCCAGCUGCUAAAAUGCCUCCUAGCACGAAAGCAUUUACUAAAGCGUCAAGCAGACGGUCUAAGGAAGUUGCGAUGGCUCAACUCCUUAAAAAGCAACAACUUGAACGAGAAAUGGUCAUGAGAGAGUUCGAGCUCAAAAUGGCCAACCUCAAGCUCGAAUACGAUAGAAUCCAGCUUGAGUUCACCAACAAAAGAGCAUCAAUUCGAUCUUCCGUGAACAAUACACAUAACACGGAACAGAGAAAAUGCAAUCAGCAGCAGCAGCAUCAGCAGCAGCAGCAUCGUCAGCAGCAGUAUCAGCAGCUGCAGCAGCCGCAACAACAGCCGCCACAGCAAAAGCAGCACCCACAAGAGGAGCAGCAGCAGCAACGGCAGCAGAAACAGUGGAUGCAGCCGCGUGACGCGGCAAUGAGUGAUGGUAAAGUUGGUGGAACCGCGUGCAUCGAAUCGUGGACCUCUCCAACAGAAGCAGUCGUGGAUAGAAUAGUUCUUUCCGAGCAUGAUGAGGCGGCGCGGCGACCCCAUAACUGUUCUCAAACCAACACACGCCGACGGCUUACGCAACACAGCACGCUCCUGCACGACGCGUCGAGAUCGAGAGUACCGGGAGUACCGUUUGGUAUGGUGACCGUCGCACUUUCAUCUCACGGACUACAAACCACCACCAUCCUCGAUGAAGGUUCAGCGGCAGCUUUGGUGCAAUCACAACUGGCACAAUGCACCAGUGUAACCGGAAUGCCAGAGCCACUGGCGAGGAACUGCACAGAAGGCGUCGCGAGGAACGAUUCAAGGCGGAUAACCGUGGCAAUCUCGGCGAGCGGCAACAACGGGCAACACGAGUUUUCCAACACUCGUCCCUCCAAACAGCUAAGUUUGCCGCUCCAAGAACCAUAUUUCACCACAUUAAUAUUUAACUUUGCUCACUUUCAGGGACUGUCGACUUUGCCGUUCCUGAAAGGCGAGUCGAGGUUAACGAUCGGGACACAACGCACCGAUCUGAUGGCACCACAACAAAUAAGCAGUAUCGGCGAUCCUACGGCUGAGGGAAACCGAUUAAGUUUAGCGGUCUACGGUGUCGUAAACAGACGGUCGUUUGGUUGUAAACAAACGCACCACAUCAUCAAAGGCAUACAAUUGGGUGCUAGAGUGCGCCUAAAAGAGAAUAAUAUGCAGAUUAGAGAUCGGGUCACACAUACACUCACCGACACAACCACAAGUAGGGUUAUGUUUACACCAUGCUCUUUACAGAACAGGUGUACAGGACGGUUGAAAUUACGUUUCUGCAUCCCGCGAGAGAAAGAUAAGGAAAAGCAGCGAAACGUAAUAUCAUGCCACGAUAGGCGAGGGUUGAUCGAGGAAUUGAUCGUAGGAAAGCGCAGGUGUCACCCCUUCAAGGGUGCCGUUCGGAAAGCACAAGCCAAGAAAACGAGGUACCAAACAAUGAUGUGCGGUACAACCGGCAAAUAAUUAGGGAAACUUUGAUUCGGAAACCGCGAUCGUGCAGUGAAUCAAUACAACACUUAGGCCGAAAAUUAGGAACCAGCUAUAUCGUGCUGAUUGUAAGAAAAUCCUUCUUAUAUUAAGGAUUUACGGGGUGGAGUGUUGGCACGAUAUCUACCUCGUGGUAGAUCAGCAGCCGUAAUGUUUAUAAAACAACGAGCUGUCAAGGACAGCUCGAAUAAUAUACGAAUAAAGCACCAGAUGGCGCUGUAAAACAGAUAAGGACAAAAAGAUAUCCCAAAGGCGAAACAGCUAGAUUAUCAAAAAUAGGGCCAAUUAGGAUAAAGUUCGGCAGCGGUCGCGAAAUAGGGUCAAAUGCGGUCAAGACUGAUCGGCUGUUCGUAAAAAUAGGCGCCAUCGAGAAUGUUAGGCCAGUAGCAAAAGUCAAUCGACCGAAGAAAGACUAAUUUUUAAACUGAGCAAAUACAUAUUAUAUACAAACAAGCCAGUUCUAAGAAAGUCUA